AUGGAGCGAUGCGCCGUGUGCAACGAUCAAGAGAAGACGGAUGAGGACGAUGCGCGCCUAACAUUCGACGUUACACCUGCGGUACUCAGCCACUCAGCCUUCGUCGACCGCUGCGAGUCAUGUCUGGUAAUCCUCGAGGGCUUCCGUCAGGGCGGACAGACGCUGUAUCAAAAAGACUUCCAGCGGCUGGCCCGAACUAUCACCGCGCGAUGUUGUGCACAGCAAAACGGGCGUGCUGACACGCUCGUCCUGGAGACGUACUUCUAUGACGAUCGUCCGAAAUUGGAGCUCGAGCUCUACAGUCUCCAACCGCACUGUACGAAGAGGGGCAUUCGCUGGGAUGAUCUACCGAAAACCUUCCAAGAUGCCAUAAGGAUGACCUCUCUGCUUGAUAUCGACUUCAUAUGGAUCGACUCACUUUGCAUUAUCCAGAAUGACAAGGAUGAUUGGGCCACCGAGUCCGCAAAGAUGGCUGACAUAUACGAGUACGCUUCACUCACCUUGUCAGCAACGGCCUCGGCAGGAGACUCAUAUGGGUGCUUUUCCGCAUCGUUCAGCACUUCACGCAGCCUUCCGAUCAGUCUACCUGAAGACGUCGGCACCUGCGAGCUGGCUGUUCGGAAACCCAUUACGCAUUGGAACACGAUCGGGCAAAGCGAAAUGCAUGCGCGCUUUCCUCUGAUGAGCAGGGGUUGGGCUUUCCAGGAGCGGCUACUUUCUAGACGUGUUCUACAUUUUUCCGAAGAGGAAUUGGUGUGGGAGUGUCGAGAGCUCACUACUUGCGAAUGCGGCGGCAUCGGUGAGCAGACAAGCCCUGCAGGGGCCUUUCACGAAGCUACCAGAAUCAGCGAGGAUGAACGACAAGAUGUUGCGGGGAGCAGAAGACAGGUCGAGGAAGAUCUCAGCAUUCGCCAAUUUCAAGAAGAGCAGGUCGACAAGUUAUGGAUAUCUAAGAAGUAUGGUCUACGAAGACGGUCUGCCAGAUCUAAUGACUGGCUUCUGGAGCCGAGCGAGUCAAAUCCUGUUCUUCCACCUUACCAAGAAUCAGAUCCUUGGAACGAUACAUCACAGAUGCGAGAAUGCGCCAAUUAUGUCUUCGACUUCCAUCGCAUUGUAGAGAGAUACUCGACACUGAAUCUCACGAAACGGUCGGAUCGUCUGCCUGCCCUCUCUGGUCUCUGCAAGCGCAUACAACAUAUUCGCGGAGAGUACGCUGCAGGUCUUUGGAUAGAAUCCAUAGCCUUCGAUCUGCUAUGGCGAGUCGAGCGACUCAACGUCACAUCGAAAACCGCAGUGCAGCCUGACGAAGACUAUUGCGGACCAUCAUGGUCAUGGGUUUCAGCAGAUGACCCAGUUGCCUAUUGGCGCAACAUCAUUAACUUCCAUGACCCCUCGCGGCUCUUCAGACCUGCAUCGACCGGGGAGGCAGACACACUACAAACAAAGCCUUUCUCGCGACCCAAAUGUCUCGGCCGAAGCCUCCAAACCGACAGCGUGCUCGUCAAAGUCGCCGAAAAAGGUAUGAACCCCUUUGGCCGCGUCGCCUACGCUGUACUCAAAGGCUCCGCCUCAACCACGACCGCCAACUUGCGCUACACAUACACUUCGUCCUGGCACGACGGCACCUACGCGCUCGACACGAGCCGAUACAAACUCACGCUCGGCGGCGAAGGUAUCAUCGAGCUACAAUUCUGGGCCGACUAUGUUCUUGCUGCUGAGGGCGCGCGACAUAUUCCCAAUGGAACUGAGCUCACGCUGUUGCUUGUGCAUCCGCGCGUUUGCCUAGUGUUGGUGGAUACUGGACAAGGGUUCUCGAGCGUGCCGCAGUAUCGCAGGGUGGGGAUUACGCGGAUAUCCGAUGAUAUGGUGGAUCGGUAUAGGAUUGACUGGAUGGAGUUUUCGGAGGUGGCGGCGUUUAGUAUUGUCUGA